AUGGACCGCAUCAUUCAAGUCGUGGAAGAAGUCCUCCCUCCGGGUGAAAAGUACACCAACCAGCGAGCUGAGCCACUCGCCCGUGAGAGGGACCCGGCACGCCUGUUCCGAUACUUCUGUUCCAUCUUUGACGUUUCCAAAUUCAACUAUGUCUUUUCUUGGGCAGCGGCCAAAGUCGACUAUUCACGAUCCACUGCCCGAGGACAGUGGUAUAUGAAGCAAGUCUGGGCCAAUGUCGCUGUCCAAGUAAAACUAUACUUGGACAUCGACCCGGAGACGGAAUCUCAAUUGAGAAGCGGCUUCUGGAAUGAAAUUGUGCAGUGGUGGGACGCCAUGGUCCAAGAUCCCCACUAUGCUUGUGUUGUCCAGUAUCAUUCAAGUCGUGGAAUAAGUCCUCCCUCCGGGUGA